CGGAAUCUGGGCCGGAUUUGAUUGGCCACUUUUUGGCCAAUCCAAGCACGGCAGUCACAUUUCCCAAUUCGAAUUCGAGAAGCAUGAGCCAGCCAAGCAAGAACCCGGCCGACUGCGCCGAGCCCGUGUGCCACUCCAAGGCCGACCUCUUCCGCUCCAACGUGCUCUUCGGCGCCAAGGCCAAGGCGGCGCCGGCCGACGACUGCCCGCUGGACCGCGAAGAAGUGGGUCGCGCGACGUGGGGCAUGCUGCACACGAUGGCCGCAUACUACCCCGAGACGCCGUCGGAUGCGAUGAAACAGCACGCGACCAACUUUAUCCAGGCGCUUGGGCAGCUCUACCCAUGCAAGUACUGCGCGACGGACUUUGCCGAGAACAUUGUCGCGAGCCCGCCCAAAGUUGACUCGCGCGUCGACUUGUCUCUCUGGCUCUGCGAGCAGCACAACAUUGUGUCCAAGAAGCUGCAAAAGAAGCUAUUCCAAUGCACCAUCGCCGCCCUUGACAAGCGAUGGAAGGUCGGUGCGCCGUCCUGCUACGGCAAGGACGAACCCAAAGCGGCCAAGCUCGACCACUAAUACACCAAUUUCCGCCUUCUCCAAAUCCGUACUUCUCGUCAGUCG